UUGGUGCUGUAGAGGUGAGAGGAUCAGACAUGGCCGACGAGGAUGAGGAUCAAACGUUUGAGGAUGAAACUGAAGAAGCUUCUGGAUCAGCUGAAGGAGGACAGGGGAGGCGCAAGAGGCUCUUUUCCAAGGAGUUACGCUGUAUGAUGUAUGGAUUUGGGGAUGACCAGAACCCUUAUACAGAGUCAGUGGAUAUCCUGGAAGAUCUGGUGAUCGAGUUCAUUACUGAGAUGAUCCACAAGGCAAUGUCUAUUGGGCGACAGGGCCGUGUACAGGUGGAGGAUAUUGUUUUCCUUAUAAGGAAGGAUCCACGCAAAUUUGCCAGAGUCAAGGAUCUGCUGACUAUGAAUGAGGAGUUGAAACGGGCUAGGAAAGCCUUUGAUGAGGCCAACUAUGGCUCUUAAAAGCCUCGAUGGGAGAUGCCUGUGCGUUAUCUGUCUGUGCCAUUGAUUAUCCAAACUGGUUAAGGAAGGCUGUAUCUGCCAGUGAGUCACUCUUUUUUUGGUUUUUGGCUACACCUGAAAAUGUUCCUAUUGAGGAGUGGGCCUGUGAGACCUUUGAACAGAACUGUUAACGUCUAAGUGAUUAGCUGUGACCUGCAUCACUAAGGGCCAAUUGUGUGGGUGCUGUAGGCUUCAGUUUCUGCCCCUACAUGUUAACAGCCAAUGUCAUAACUGUUUGUGUGUAUCUAGGUCUAGGCUGCCAUUUAAUCACUGCGGGAAAAGCUUUCUGUGAUAAAAGCAUUGCAGAGAAGAGCCUGUAACCUUGGCACCUGGAUUUUAGGACAUUUACAAAAAAAAAAAGUGUCGUUUUUGUCUUUAAUUAUGCGUAUUGUGUGUUGAGAUGUUAAAAGACUGCAAAUAAACUCAUUUUAUACCAAU